AUGAACAAUGUUUGCACAAGCAAGAGUUCAGGAAGUGUGCAAGAGUCUCUUGAGAAGGAGUUUGGACGGAAGAUAAAGAUCGAGCCGGCUGCAUCGCUUAAAGAACGCAUUUUCUCUAGUGACGAAGAAGAAGAAAUUGUCAAUUCUGGUCUUGAAUACACUAUGCAACGUUCAGCCAAAGCAAUAAUGAACACGGCUCGCAAAUACAAACUUGGACUUGACCUUCGUACUGCAGCGUAUGCGAAUGCCAUCGAAAAGAUAUAUAAGACCUACAAAACCUCCGGUUUCGGGUUCUCGUAA